ACGCCACAUAAAAAACGCCAAACAUAGUCUAAACCGCAACGUUUUUGAUCCACUUGUCUUUUUCUAAGCCGCAUCAAAGUGCUAGCCUGAGACAGUUCCCGUCUGCUCUUUAUUCCAUGUGAUUUGACAUGUCCAAGCUCACUUUUUAAGGCUUGUAAAAGCAUCAUCUUUCAGUUUUAUGUAAUAUCCUUAAAAGAAUUUCACGAUGUUGGCAAGCACCAAUCUCAUCUGUUGCAACUUCUCUUACUUGCGUCAAAACUCUUCAACAAAGUUCAGAACUUCAAUCCAGGCUAGAAACCUUAGCCAACAAAGUCUUUUACUUUCCAAAAGAACCUCUAAAUGCUCAGUAUUCCUUGCACCCCACAAUCAAAACGCCUUAACUUUCUCAUUUCAGCAAAAGGGCGUUCUUCAAAUAUGUCAAAGUACCUUAAACACCCAGAAUUCGGAGGAAGAAACAGGUCAGAAUAAGGAGUCUUCUGUUAAGGGUAAAGAAGGAAGAGACUGGACAACCUCGAUUUUGCUUUUCGUGUUGUGGAGUGCUCUCAUGUACUAUGUUUUCAAUCUCGCACCUAACCAGACCCCGUCAAGAGACUUGUAUUUUUUAAAAAAGCUCCUGAAUUUCAAGGGAGAUGAUGGCUUUAGGAUGAAUGACGUUCUUGUAUCCCUUUGGUAUAUAAUGGGAUUGUGGCCUUUGGUGUACAGCAUGCUACUUCUUCCAACAGGCAGAAGCUCAAAAAAAAGCAUUCCCACCUGGCCAUUUCUGGUACUUUCAUGCUUUCUGGGUGCAUAUGCUCUUUUACCUUAUUUUGUCCUUUGGAGCCCUCCACCACCGCCUGUUGAAGAAAAUGAGCUCAAAAAAUGGCCUUUGAAUUUUCUGGAAUCAAAAUUAUCUGCCGGGAUAUCACUUGCUGCAGGAAUAGGUUUAAUCAUUUACGCAGGUUUAGCAAACGGUGACGUUUGGACGGAGUUUUACCGGUACUUCAGGGAAAGCAAGUUUAUUCACAUCACAAGCCUUGAUUUUACUCUACUAUCUGCCUUUGCCCCUUUUUGGGUUUAUAAUGAUAUGACUGCCCGCAAAUGGUAUGACAAGGGUUUUUGGCUUCUUCCUUUGUCAUUAGUGCCAUUCUUAGGUCCUGCUCUAUAUCUCUUCUUGCGGCCAUCACUAUCAGAUUUGCCUGUUGCAGUUAGCCCAACUACAUCCGAGCAAAAGUAGAAUUUCAGCUCCUUUCUUCUGUUGAACAUAUUUAUUGCACGACCACAGAAAGGGGAAAGCUCAGAGUCCUAGAAGAAGACUUAAUUAGAUAAUGAAUACUAGCAUCCCACUGAGAAAUGCAACCAUUGCCACAUGAUGUAGAGUUUAUUCAUCUUGCAGAUGCAUCAGAAAAUCAUCACCCAUUUUCUUCUUUACAGUCAGAUUCAGUUCAUGUAUGGUGUACUGGUGUAUUAACUAUUGAUGAUGAGUGUUGCUUGCUUAUUUCUUCUUUGCUCCUUGCAAUCUAUAAGAACUUGAUUUUACUGCUGUCUGUACUGUGAGUUU